AUGCCAAAGGAUCUCACAAAACGAUGUUCAAUCAAUUGGGAUUAUCCUCGAACUGAACAUAAUAUUCGACAUCGACAAAAACGAACAGAAAAUAAACUCGAUAAAAUCUGUCAACAACUACGAAUUCAUUUACAACAGCAAUAUUCUUGUUAUUACUCGUUGUUAUCUGAUAAAACAUCAAUCGAUGAAAUAAUGUAUAUAAUAUCGGAUACGCUACAAGUUCUCAUUCAAAAUGGUUUAAAAGAAUUACAUACAAGAUUUGAACAGAAGAAAAGUAUGUUACCAUUUGAUGCUGACGAAAUUCAACUAAUGAAAUCAUUCUAUGAACUUCAUCUGACAGAAGAUCAAAAAAUCAAAGCCGAAAAGAUUUGGCGUGGAAAACGAAAAUAUUGUCAACGUCAGAUUCAUCAAAAAAAAUUCAAUUCAUUCAAUAACAAACGAAGUAAUACAACAAUAACAUUCAAGAGCAAGGCUAAUCAAUCUGAUCUGGAUCAAAAUAAUCAUCAAUUCUAUCAGAUGCCAUUUUCUCACGAAUUCGAUCCUCUCAUGUGUGCCAUUAUCGAAGCUCGUUGUACAAUAAAUAAUACAAAUGCUCAACGGAAUGUUCGUCGUUAUAAUAUCGAUGAUAUUCAUACAACACCUUCUCCUUUGGAUAAUAGACCAUACUUCUUUCAAGCAGGUAGUAUUAUUGAUCCGGUAACAUUCGCUCGUAUUGAGGCCAGUGUGACCAAUCACACUGUAUCUCUCUCCAAACAGGUCACCAAUAAGACAUAA